UUUGGGGACGGUGGGAUUUGGUCUCCCUUGCCUCCCCGGGAACACCCAGAGCAGGGUGCCCAGCCUCAUGAAUGGGGGCUGGAGGUCCCCAAAGGGGAGUCCCCACAGCCUCUGGAUCCUUGCACCAGGGCUGCGGCACUGCACAGCACAACAAUGCUUCCUGUACCUGAGAGUGUACUGACAGGACAAAGGUGAAUGGCUUUAAUGUAAAUAGGGGAGGGGUGGUGAGGCCAUAAGUCAAGUUUCCCGGAGGAGCUGUUGAUGCCCCAUCCCUGGCAGUGCCCAAGUCCAGGCUGGAUGUGGCUUGGGGACAGUGGGCGGUGUCCCCGCAGUGGGACAGCUGAGAUGUGGCCAAUUGUGGAGCAGCGCUGAUGUGCGCUCGCAGCUCUGCCCUCCUCCUGACGCUGCCUCUAAACGCGCUGCUGAGCUGCACAGUGGUUCCAGCCCCAGCACUGCUCCGCAGGAGGAGAGCAGGAACAGCACAAGUGCAGCAGUCAGAGCUGGGACAAAGUACAGGCUCCCCGUGUGAGUGCGAGCGUUCCUGCAAUGGCAGAACAUCAAAGCACAGGAUCUGAGCUGAGGAUAUUGCUGGUGGGCAAGACGGGGGCUGGGAAGAGUGCUACAGGGAACACCAUCCUUGGGAGGAUGGCGUUUCAGUCUGAUUUGUCGGCACACGCAGUAACAAGGUACUUCAAUAUAGUUGAGAACGACUUCGCUGGAAGACGAAUUGUAAUUGUUGACACACCUGGCCUUUUUGAUACCAGAGAAGUCAACCAGAAAACAGCUGAAAAAAUCAAGAAUGGCCUCCGGGCCCUCUCUUCAGGGGUCCAUGCCAUCAUCCUGGUCAUGCAGCUGGGCCGAAUCACUAAGGAAGAGGAGGAAGUGGCUAAGUGGGUGACCAAGAUUUUCCAUACUAAAGCAGAGAAAUACACAAUCCUGUUAUUCACCCGAGCAGAAGAGCUGAAGAAUCCAGAAGACCUGAAGGGUUUCAUAGAAAAAAGCCCACACCUCAUGGGGCUGGCAGCCAAGUGCAGCAAUCGGUACAUUGGUUUCAGCAACAUUGCCACCGGAGAGGCAAGCAAUCGGCAGGUUGCAGAGCUCAUCAACAUGAUCGACGCCAUGGUAGAAAAGAAUCGUGGUGCUCCGUGUUAUACGCCAGAAAUGCUGGAGGAAGACACACGGACAUUCUUUGAAAAGUUUUGUAGAAUCCUGUAGGCAGCAAGGGGUUGGUUCCAUAGCAGACAUCUCCGCUGCUGUGUCAUUCCUGCAGUCUUGGUGGGGUGAUGUGGGGCAUGGUGUGUGGUGAUGGGCCUGAAGGAGCUGUCAAUAAACAUUGAGCCUUGCUGUCUGGAGGAGCA